AAGAGUCCAAGACACACUUCCGAUACAUCUAGUAUCUUCUUUUGACCCACACAGGCCACAUGUAACAUGUAGUCACCCGGAUCCAAUACAUAACCCGACCCACACCCGUAAUCUUACUUUCCAAGUUCCCACAAAACAAACGUCCCUUCUCUUUCAUCACUCAGACGAAUCACCCAAACCCGAGAACCUGAAUCCAAAUACACAAACCCUAGUCAAAACUCAAAAUUUCAAACUCCCGCUCUAUACUCUUCAUUCAAAUUUCAAACUCCAAAACCAACCGUUAGAUUCUUUCACCCCUUUCUCUUCAAAUUAAAAUCAAACCCUUCUUACAUUCAUUUCCAUCACCACAUUCACACUCUCUCUCUCAUUUCUCUCUCCGACGACACUACCUCCGUGUCAACCACCACCACGCCACCAUGGAAAAACGACCUCUCCAAACCAGCAACGCCGCGAACAUUCCUUCGAAAACAAUCGAAGAAAUGUACCAAAAGAAAACACAGCUCGAACACAUUCUCCUCCGUCCUGAUACCUACGUAGGUUCAAUUGAAAAACACACUCAAAAUCUAUGGGUUUACGAAAACGACGAAAUGGUUAACCGUUCAAUUUCAUACGUUCCUGGACUUUACAAGAUCUUCGAUGAGAUUCUUGUUAACGCUGCCGAUAACAAACAGCGAGAUCCGUCCAUGGAUUCACUCAAAGUUACGAUCGAUCCGGAAGCAAAUACCGUUUCUGUUUAUAAUAACGGUGACGGUGUUCCGGUUGAGAUUCAUCAAGAAGAGAAGGUUUAUGUUCCUGAGUUGAUUUUUGGUCAUCUUCUUACUAGUAGUAACUAUGAUGAUAAUGUGAAGAAAACUACUGGUGGACGUAACGGUUAUGGUGCUAAGCUCACGAAUAUUUUCUCGACUGAGUUUAUCAUUGAGACUGCUGAUGGACGUCGUCUGAAGAAGUAUAAGCAGGUGUUCUCAAACAAUAUGGGGAAGAAGUCCGAACCAGUCAUAACCAAAUGCAAAGCUAGUGAGAACUGGACAAAGGUGACCUUUAAGCCUGACUUGGAGAAGUUCAAAAUGACCUAUCUUGAAGAGGACGUUGUUGCUUUGAUGAAAAAGCGUGUGCUGGACAUGGCAGGGUGCCUUGGAAAGACUGUUAAAGUUGAACUCAAUGGCACCUUGAUUCGUUUUAAGUCGUUCCGUGAUUAUGCUGAUCUCUUCCUGAAAUCUGCGGAGAAGUCCAAACCCAUGCCCCUGCCAAGGAUUCAUGCCAAAGUAGGUGAUAGGUGGGAGAUUUGCGUGAGUCUAAGUGAGGGGCAAUUUCAACAGGUCAGCUUUGUUAACUCCAUUGCUACAAUCAAGGGUGGGACUCACGUUGAUUACAUCACCAAUCAGAUUACCGCCCAUGUAAUGAAUAAAGUAAAUAAGAAAAAGAAGGAUGCCAAUGUGAAAGCUCACACUGUGAAGAAUCAUUUGUGGGUUUUCGUCAAUGCUCUUAUUGACAACCCUGCUUUUGAUUCUCAAACUAAGGAGACUCUCACUACAAGACAAGCUAGUUUUGGUUCUAAAUGUGAUGUUCCAGAAUCAAUGCUGAAGGAUGUUGAAAAAUCUGGAAUAGUGGACACCCUCCUAUCAUGGGCAGAUUUUAAACAAAGUAAAGAUUUGAAGAAAACUGAUGGAACUAAGACCCAGAGGAUCCGUGGGAUUGUAAAGCUUGAGGAUGCCAAUGAUGCUGGUGGAAGGAACUCUGAAAAGUGUACCUUGAUAUUGACAGAGGGAGAUUCUGCUAAGGCCCUUGCGAUGGCUGGGCUCUCUGUUGUGGGUCGAGACCACUAUGGUGUGUUUCCAUUGAGAGGCAAAUUGCUCAAUGUGCGGGAAGCUAGUAGUAAACAGAUAAUGGAGAACGAAGAAAUUCAAAAUAUAAAGAAGAUUCUUGGACUGCAGCAAAACAAAGAGUACACAAAUGUGAAGUCUUUGAGAUAUGGUCAUUUGAUGAUUAUGGCUGAUCAGGAUCAUGAUGGCUCCCACAUCAAAGGGCUGCUGAUAAAUUUCAUUCAUUCAUUCUGGCCAUCACUGCUUAAAGUUCCAUCUUUCAUGGUUGAGUUUACUACUCCCAUUAUAAGGGCUACUCAUUCAAACGGGACCAAACUAUCAUUUUAUUCGAUGCCGGAAUAUGAAGCGUGGAAAGAAACAUUGGGGAAUGCAAGUGGUUGGCAGAUAAAAUACUAUAAGGGGUUGGGUACAAGUACUCCCCAAGAAGGGCGAGAGUACUUUCGAGAUCUUGAUAAGCACAAAAAAGACUUCGUUUGGGAUGAUGAACUCGAUGGAAAUGCAAUUGAGCUGGCAUUCAGUAAGAAAAAAGCUGAAGACCGGAAGAUCUGGAUUCGUAAUUUUGAGCCUGGCACUUGUCGUGAUCAUGAAGCCAAACUUAUAAACUACAAGGACUUUGUUAACAAAGAGCUUAUAUUGUUCUCAAUGGCAGAUCUCCAAAGGUCCAUUCCCUCCAUGGUUGAUGGCCUUAAACCUGGUCAAAGGAAAAUUCUUUUCUGUUCAUUUAAGAAAAAGUUGGUCAAAGAAAUUAAAGUUGGGCAAUUCAUAGGUUAUGUGUCUGAGCACUCUGCUUACCACCAUGGUGAGCAAAGUCUUGCUAGCACAAUUAUUGGAAUGGCACAGGACUUUGUCGGCAGUAACAACAUCAAUCUUCUCAAACCAAAUGGUCAAUUUGGUACUCGAAACUUGGGCGGUAAAGACCAUGCAAGUUCCAGAUACAUUUACACUGAGCUAAAUACGGUUACUCGAAGCCUCUUCCAUGAGGAUGAUGAUAAGCUUCUUGAAUACUUGAAUGAGGAUGGGAGGUCCAUUGAACCAACCUGGUACAUACCAAUUAUUCCUCUGGUUCUUGUCAAUGGUAGUGAGGGAAUUGGGACGGGAUGGAGUUCUUACAUUCCCAACUAUAAUCCACGAGAAAUUAGUGCCAAUGUUAGACGUUUGUUGAAUGGUGAGGAAAUGGUGCCAAUGGAUCCAUGGUACAGAGGAUUCAGAGGAACCAUUGAGAAAAGCGCCAAGGAAGGAGGCUACAUAGUCAAUGGCUCAGUAGUGGAAAUAGAUGAACAAACUUUCAGAAUCACAGAGCUUCCAGUACGGAAGUGGACUCAAGAUUAUAAGCAGUUCCUGGAAUCCAUAACUGAUGGGACUCCUAAUGUCAAGGAUCCUCUCAUUGAGGAUUUUAGGCAAAAUGGGGAUGAUGAAAUUGUAGACAUUGAAGUCAAGAUGAAGGCAGACAAAAUAGCUACAAUAAUGCAAGAGGGAUUAUUCAAGAAAUUUAAAUUGACUGGCACUAUUAGCACAAGCAACAUGCAUCUUUUUGACGCAGAGGGAAAUAUUAAGAAAUUUGACAAUCCAGAACAAAUUCUUGAAGAGUUCUAUCCACUUCGGCUGGAGUAUUAUGAAAAAAGAAAGAAAUAUAUACUGGGCAACCUUGAAAGACUUUUGUUGAUUUUGGACAACAAAGUCAGGUUUAUAUUAGGGGUUGUGAAUGGAGAAAUUAUCGUGAGUAACCGGAAAAAAGCUGAAUUGUUGAAAGAGCUGAAGCAGAAAGGUUUUACUCCCAUGCCAAGGAAAGGUAAAUCCUCAGAACCACAAGUUGCAGGGGCAAAUGAUGACAAUUCAGAAGAGAGGGAAGAUGGCGAGCAGGAAACUGGGACUGUCAGGGUUGAAGAAGCAACUUGGGGUGACUAUGAGUAUCUUUUAUCCUUAUCUAUUGGAACUUUGACCCUUGAAAGUGUUCAGAAGCUGCUUGAUGAAAAGGCUGAAAAGGAAAAGGAGUUUGAAAUUUUGAUGGGAACCCCAUCAAAGUCAUUGUGGUUGAAGGAUCUGGAUGAGUUUGAAAAGAAACUUGAUGAGCUAGAUAGCAAAGACGCAGAAGCGGGUCGAAAGAGAUCAAGCCAAGCAAAAAAAAAUAAUGGUUUUGUUUCCAAACCUGCAAAGAAGCCGCCACAACCACGAAAGAAUACUAAGAAGACACAAAAUGUUGAGCCAGAUAAUGAUAAUUCUCCAAUGGAAAUUGAGAAUGCUGUUGGUAAGAAGCCACCACAACCACGAAAGAACACUAAGAAAACCCAAAAUGUUGAGCCAGAGAAUGAUAAUUCUUCAAUGGAAGUUGAGAAUGCUGUUGAUAUUGCAAAACCAAAAGGGCGAGCAGGUUCUAAGAAGAAUACUCCCAAGGAACCUGAUGAAGAAAUGCUAUCUCUUCAAGAACGUCUAGCUGCAUAUAACAUUGAAUCAUCUGGUGAAAAGUCGCAAGCCAUGGAAAGUGAAGAACCUGUGCCUGCUAUGAAGAAACAGAUUAACAGAGGGGGUGGUGCAAAAAAGAAGUCAAGUACUAUAGUGUUGGAUAGUGAUAAUGAAGUUAAUGAUGUUGAUGAUGAUGACGACUUCGAAGUACAUGAGAAGGCUGCCCCAGUUAAGAAGGGAGGGAGAAAGCCUGCUGCUCAAAAUGCCAAGAAGGCACCUGCAAAGGCACCUGCUGCCCCCAAGAAACGAAAUGUAGGAACCAAGCAAUUAUCAGGUCAAAAAAUAUUGACUGAUAUGUUGCAGCCAGCUGAAUCACCAGAGAAGAAAGUGAGGAAGAUGAGGGAGUCUCCAUUUAACAAGAAAAGUGGUUCUAUACUGGGAAGGGAUGCUAACAAGGAUAUAAGUCCACUUGCUGAUUUGUCUGAAGGUUCUACUUCUAACUCUCCUAUUGCAGAGGAGGAGGUGGUUGAGAUUCCACCACAGCCAUCAAGGGCUAGACCUCAGAGGGCCAAUCGUACUCAAAAGAAAUAUGUUGUGAGUGAAUCUGAACCUGAGAUUGAUGAUGAUUCUGAUGACGAUGCCGAAUUAUCUGAUUUUGAAGAAGAUGAUGACUAGACUAUUCCUUUAAAUAUUGCAUUACAGUGUACCUGAAAUUUUAUGCUUUAGUACAACUAGAUGAGGGCUGGGCUGCACCGUUUAGUAAAACUUCGAUCUGUCUCUUGCAGAUUUUCUUUUCUUUGUGUGAUGACUCUGAACUCAAUGAGUUUGAAUGACUGAAUCAGAUUUAUUACUUUAACCAAUAAAAAUCUUCUAUUCACAUUUGAAUUGUAUUAUUCACAAGUUUGUUUUUAUAUAUUUUUAGGAUUUCUUAUUUA